GCAUUUGAUUGGCUACUCACGGUGCCUAUCAAACUCUGAGGCCAAAGCCCAGUCGCUGCUUGGUGUCUGAAGCGGCAGCGAGAGGCUUCCGUCUCUGGGCUGCGGAAACUACCCUGCGAAAGCCAGCGAGAGUUGCAGUGAUUGAGGAAAGGAGGGACGCUUUAUUCGAAGUCUCGGCUGAGUUAAAUACCUAUUAUAAAGCAUCUUCUCCUUACUGAAGGAAAAGGCCUGCGGAGAUGGGCGACAAGGCGGGGACCAGAGUCUUCAAGAAGUCCAGCCCCAACUGCAAGCUCACAGUAUACUUGGGGAAGAGGGACUUUGUGGAUCAUCUAGAUCACGUGGACCCUGUAGAUGGGGUGCUCUUGAUUGACCCAGAAUACCUAAAAGACAGAAAAGUGUUUGUGACCCUGACGUGUGCCUUCCGUUAUGGCCGUGAAGAUUUGGAUGUGCUGGGCCUGUCUUUCCGAAAGGAUCUCUUCAUCUCCAGUUUCCAGGCCUUUCCCCCUCUGCCUGAGGAGCGCAAACCGCUCAGUCGGCUACAGGAGAGACUGCUCAAGAAGCUAGGCCAGAAUGCGUACCCCUUCAACUUCACGAUUCCUCAGAACCUUCCCUGUUCAGUGACUCUACAGCCCGGUCCAGAGGACACAGGAAAGGCAUGUGGUGUUGACUUUGAAGUCAGGGCAUUUUGUGCCAAAACUGUGGAUGAGAAGACUCAUAAACGGAACUCGGUGCGGUUGGUCAUUCGUAAGGUACAGUACGCUCCAGAGAAGCCUGGGCCGCAGCCAAUGGUGGAGACCACACGCAGCUUCCUUAUGUCUGACCGCUCCCUUCACCUCGAGGCCUCACUAGAUAAAGAGCUCUACUACCAUGGUGAACCUAUCAGUGUCAACGUUCAUGUCACGAACAACUCCACCAAAACAGUUAAACGAGUUAAAAUCUCUGUGCGACAGUAUGCCGAUAUCUGUUUGUUCAGCACCGCACAGUACAAAUGUCCUGUGGCUCAGGUAGAAGCCGAUGACCAGGUGUCACCCAGCUCCACGUUCUGUAAGGUGUACACACUCACCCCCACACUGAGCAAUAACAGAGAGAAGAGGGGUCUGGCUCUGGAUGGACAGCUAAAACAUGAAGACACCAACUUGGCCUCCAGUACCAUAGUAAAGGAUGUGUCCAAUAAGGAGGUCCUGGGAAUCUUGGUGUCCUACAGAGUUAAAGUCAAGCUUGUGGUGUCUCGUGGAGGUGAUGUGUCAGUGGAGCUGCCUUUUGUCUUGAUGCACCCUAAGCCCUCCGAACAGCCCAACUCUAGACCGCAGUCAGCUGUGCCAGAGACAGAUGUCCCUGUGGAUGCCAACCUCAUAGAAUUUGAAACAAAUAAUUUCUCACAGGAUGAUGACUUUGUGUUUGAGGACUUUGCAAGGCUCAGGCUGAAGGGAAUGAAAGAUGAAGAGGAUGACCACUUCUGCUAACAGCCCCUCCACACACAGACACACACACACACACACGACACCGUGCGGAGGUUGUAAGGAAGGGCGACAGGGGUGGGGUGUCAACCUGCCAGUACUCUCAUACCUCUGCUCCACUGUGCCCAUCUGAUAGAGUGGAGCACUUACUGAUAUUUUCUGAGCCUCCUUUCUUUCUAUCUUUCUUUCUUUCUUUGUCUUUUGGCUCUUUUUCACACCAUUUUAGCAUCUGUGAGGUGGUCUUUUAAUUGGCCUCUGUUUCUCUGGUCAUAUCAACCACUUCACUAGGGUCCUUAUUUGUUAGAAAGAUUGAGGGAGAAGGAAAGGGAGGAAACUGAUGUUAGAUGGGUUAUCUAAACAUCAAUGUAUUAUUGGUGGGCAAAGGGUCCAUUGAUUCAGGGGUGAUUCUUUCUUUCUUUCUUUCCUUCUUUCUUUCUUUAUCUUUUCCUUUAUUUUUGUCAUCAUAUUCCCACUUAUAUAUCAAGUGGGCAUUAAUAGCUAUGUAAUUAUGGUAUAUGUUCUAUGUUAUUUCAUUGUACAGUACAUACACUGUUCACAAACACCAUAGGGAACUUGAGUUUGGUGUUAAUUUUAUUCCACUUUCCCAGACCCAUAAUCCAAUCCAUCCAGCAGCUUUUAUGUUAUAGUUAUGUAAAAUGUAUACAUAUCAUACAAGACUACGUAGUAACACUUUUCUGUGCACUUAUAGUGCACGCAAUACUCGAAUAAUUAAGGACGUGGCAUUUUUAGUGAAACAGAGUAGUUGGCGAAGUGCAUUGGGACACAAGUGUCUGGUUUCUUAUUGUAAAUUUUAGCAUCUAUUCCACAUGUUGAGUUGUAGAAUAUGUAAACACUGCUACAAGUCUUCAGUGCGAAAUUAGCUUGUAGAUACAACGAGAGGACAGGGAUACAGGCUCUGUAUGUGCCACACACACACACAAACACACACACACACACAAUGUAAUUCCUCAUUAUUUGUGCCUGCCAAACUUUAUUUGCCAAAAUGUGAUUUAUAAUGUUGCUUGUAAGUUAAGCUCGGUUCGGUUGAAAAUCACAUGCUCAUUCUUUGUUUUAGCUGACAGGAACUGUUGAUGUAACCAUUUGACUGCCAGAAAUAUUUUGAUGAUGGUUAUUUUAAAAUCGCAUUUAUAGCAUGAUUUCCAGGAAAUUUGACUUUUUAUCUUGUUCUCCCAGGAUCAGCCCUUUCCUAUGACAUUCUACAUAGUUUACUACUGAACAAUGGCAAACUUACUUAUGUUACAAUGUGUACAAGGAAGUAACAUUUUGCAAUGAACAAAGUGGAGCUCCCGUUGAAGGACAAAAAGCUAUCUCUAAAAUAAAGGAUUGCUUUGUUUAAAGCACCCAUACAA